CUUCAUUUUCGCUCAAUUUAUAAGGGAACAAUGUCUACCUUAAGCUCAGUAACUCGCUCAAUUGCGUACAAUGGCUUCUUCCAAAACCUUAUUAUGACUAUGCCCAUUACUCCACCACAGAUUAUAAAGAGAAAGCGAAGUUUAACUGUAUCAUCACUCUCCAUUCCUCACAAUAAUGAGACGAACAAAUCCAUGGCAGAAAUGGUUCCAAUUGUUUCAAACAGGCGAGUGCUUAAUUUAUCCAUUUUGACGGUCUUAUUGUGGGACCCUUUCUCAACCUUCUCUGUAGCCAUUGGUGGUGAGGUGUUAGAGCUUGAAAGAUACACUGAUUCUACUGAAGGUUUCACUCUCCUCAGACCUUCUUCUUGGAUUAAGGUUGAUAAGGCUGGGGCAACUGUCCUGUUUCAGGAUGCAAACAAGGGAUCCAACAAUGUAGGCGUUGUGGUUAUCCCUGUAAAAAUAGCAACCCUUAGCCAAUUCGGGACUCCACAAUUUGUGGCAGAUAAGCUAAUUCUGGCUGAAAAGCGCAAGGAGAGUACAAAGGAGGCUGAGGUGGUUGCAGUAUCAGAAAGAACGGGAGAAGGAGGUCUUCAAGUGUAUGAGUUUGAGUACAAGAUUGAUAGCACCAGAGGAGGGAUGAAGAGGAUAUUGUCUGCUGCAUUUGUGGCGUCUGGGAAGCUCUAUCUGUUAAAUAUUGCACACUCUGAUGGAUUAGAAAGUCCUAUCGACCCAGAUAGAAGAAAUACGUUGGAACAGAUUCUUCAUUCCUUUGAUACUGCUCCGUCGACCUAAAUACUCAUAAGCUCAUUGUUUUUCCCUCACUGGGCAUCAUUUUUCAUGCCUUUUACUGGGAUCAAAACCAAAGGUAUUUUCCCAGUUUUUUUAAUUUGAGUCCUGUGUUGUAAUUCUCUGACUUAAUAGUGGCAUCACAACUUGUCGAAGUGGCAUCACAACCUUGUCUCCAAGUCUUAGGUUUUUAUUGAGCUAGAAGAGUAUUCCAAUCAAUCAAGUACUCCGCAAUCUGAAAUAUUUGGUGUUAUCUACAUAACUUCUGUAUCCAUUCUGUUCUAUUCAGGUCCAUUUCAUUCUAAUACUAAAUAUUUGUCUUUUAAGGCAAAGUAGGGGUUCUU